CCAGAGGGACUUGGAGCGAGCAACGUUCAUACCGAAUGCAAGCAACUCGGAGUCGCCCUUCUGCGUUUACUUGUUGGUUGUUCUCCGUGAUGUAUGGUUGGUAGAGCAUAUAUUGAUCCACGGAAGACUAGACGGAGUAGAGAUCGGUAGCCAUUACAAAAUGGCGGUAAAAGGUGGUGAGGUGUGAAACUGUUGGCUGAUGAUUGCUUUGCUUUACAUAGAAUGGGGACUCAGAAGCCGGUUGAGUGGGUGUCGGCUUUAAUCACACGAUUCGAAGAACAGUUGCCAUGUCGUACAGGACCACAAAAUACUCAUUCCCGUGUAAAUGAAGAGCAAAACAAGAAAUGCCUGGUUCAAAUCAGCCGACACCGUUUUUCACUUGUCAUCUCUGGUCUCACAAAAAUAUUACAACGUGUUAAUGAACUGUUUCUUUCUGUAGUGUCAGGACCACGACCUCAUGGACCUGAUAUGGAACUCAACUGUUAUGAAUCGUUGCUCAUUGUUUUGGACACAUUAGAAAAGUGUCUCAGCAACCAACCCAAAGACACAGCACGAUAUGAUGAAGCAAUGAAUGUAAAACUUUUAUUGCGGGAGAUUUGUCAGUUUAUUGAUGUCCCAAAUGACAAUCCAACAGUGCUGCAGCUAAAAAAUUUGGCAUCUAAAGUUUUAUUUGCAUUAAGCUUGAAUUUCUUCAAUGCAGUUUUUAAUAGGAUAUCAGGAAGGUUACAGGAGUUGAGUGCCUGCAAUGAAGAAAAUCCAGAUUAUAGUGAUAUUGAGUUGAUUCAACAUAUUAAUGUGGAUGUUGACAGACUAAUUCGAUUACUGAAUGAAUCUAUUCAGAAGUUCAGAUUACUGAAAAAGUCUGCACAACUUGUGCUUAUGACUUCAUUGGAGAAAGCUAUCUGGAACUGGAUGGAUACAUAUCCUAAUGAAUUUGCAGACUUACAGAAAAAGCAUAAUGAGGAGUUAGCUAAGUGCUGUGAGGGUCUGUUUGACAUCUUGGAUAGUUUUGCUGAUAACAAGAAAGGAAGAGCUGCAGUGUGGCCACUUCAGAUCAUGCUUCUCGUUCUCUCACCUAAAGUUCUGGAGGAGAUAGUGAAUGCAGACUCUGGGGCACCUUGUUCACCACGUCAUUCUAAGAAGAAGCAGUUUAUUGACUCUGUGAAACGAGCCAUAGGACAGCAUGGUACUAGCAAACAGCUGACUGAAGCAGCUGCUGUUACCUGUGUCAAACUGUGUAAAGCUUCUACCUACAUCAAUAACCUGGACUCCAACAAUGUAGCUUUCACCUUGGUCCAGAAUAUCAUUAAUGAACUCAAGAAUCUGCUCUUCAGUCCUAGUAAACCGUUCACCCGUGGACAGAAUUACGUUCUACAUGAUAUCGACUUAAUGAUUGAUUGUUUUGUGUCAUGUUUCCGUAUCAAGCCACACAACAAUGAAGCACUCAAAGUGUGUCUCAACCCCAACUCUUCAUUCUUGUACCAUUAUGUUCUCAUCAGCUCCUUGUACAGGAUUAUAACACAGCCUCGAUUACCGUGGUGGCCUCAGAUUGAUUUGGUUUACAACAAAUCCAGUGAUCUCAGGUUGAUGUUCACUGAUACAUUAAACAAAGCAUUACAAGGAUGUAUUACUCAUACUACGCUUCGUAUGAUUCCGUCAUUUGCAUUAAAAGGUAAAGAGUCUGCUUCAAAGUUCAAAGAGAAAGGUGAUGAAAUCCCAGUUAUUAAGAACCUGUUACUUUUGAUUGUUCGUCUCAUCCAUGCAGAUCCAAUGUUAAUGCUCAAUAACCAGGGCAAGACUGGCCAUGAGAUUCAGAGCUCCACACUGGAUCUGAUCAAUGGGUUAGUGAGUUUGGUUUAUAAACCCACGAUGCCAGACGUAGCUCAGGAAGCCAUGGAAGCUCUUUUGGUGCUUCAUCAGCCUGAGAAGAUUGAAGUUUGGAACCCUGAAGCACCCAUCAAUACUUUCUGGGAUGUGAGUUCACAAGUGUUAUUCACCAUCUCGCAAAAGCUCAUUCAACACCAAAUAAUGGAUUAUACAGACAUCCUUAAAUGGCUUCGUGAUAUUCUCAUGUGCAGAAAUGCUUUCCUUCUCCGUCACAAGGACUAUGCCAAUUUGGGGAGUCAGGUUGCUAUUUGCAAGCAAGCGCAUAUAAAACUGGAGGUGGUCUUCUUCAUGUACCUUUGGAGCAUAGAUAUAGAGGCUGUGUUGGUAGCCAUGUCGUGUUUUAGACUGCUUUGUGAGGAAGCAGACAUUCGCUGUGGCUCUGAUGAAGUUACUGUAACAUAUUUACUACCAAAUUAUCAUCUGUAUCAAGAAUUAGCCCAAGCUUCAACAAUUCUCACUACAGCCAGCGAGGAGUCGAGGGUUUAUUACCGUGAACAUAAUCUUGGCCGAGCAGCUUUGCAAAAACGAAUAAUGGCCUUAUUACGCAAGAUUGAGCAUUGUGUAAAUGGAGUCCAGCCAGCUUGGGAGGAAACAUUUCGCAACUGGGAGGUAUCUACAAAAACGCUGACAUCAUAUCCCAAAGCAAAAUUAGAAGAUGGUCAGGUGGAAUCAUUCCAUCGUUCAAUAGGCAAACGGCGGGCUUCCCACCAGAAUUCGGAAUACGAACUUGAGGAUCAGAUCAAUGAAUGGGCAAACAUGACUGGUUUCCUUUGUGCACUUGGGGGUGUCUGUCUGCAACGUAAGUCUCCAUCAAGACCAUCAGCAGGUUUGGGAUUGCUUCCUGUGCCAAGUCUGGAGCUUCGUAAAUUGGCCAACUCAAGUCAGGAUGUACAGUAUUGCCCUGUUACUCAGUUUGUGGGGCAGUUACUGCGAUUACUUGUAUGCAACAAUGAAAAAUUUGGUGCACAGAUCCAGAAACAUGUGAAAGAGUUAGUAGGACAUGAGAUGUCUCCAGCUUUGUAUCCUAUUCUUUUUGACCAGAUAAAAGCCAUAGUUGAGAAGUUCUUCGAUCAACAAGGACAGGUGAUUGUGUCUGACAUCAACACACAGUUCAUUGAACAUACCAUUUUCAUCAUGAAGAAUGUACUGGAUAGUAAAACAGACCAACCAUCUGAACAUCUUGGUGUUACCAGUAUAGAAGGAAUGAUGUUAGCAAUUGUCAGGUAUGUACGUUAUCUUGAUAUGACUGUACGUGCUGUCCAUAUAAAGACAAAGGUCUGUCAGCUAGUGGAAGCUAUGAUGAAACGACGGGAUGAUCUUGCUUUCCGUCAAGAGAUGAAGUUCCGCAACAAGUUGGUGGAGUAUUUGACAGAUUGGGUGAUGGGAACAUCACAUCAAAUAGCCCCUCCAGGAUCUGGGGAUAUUACUGUCAUCACUAGAGAUUUGGACCAGGCAUGCAUGGAAGCAGUUGCUGCUUUGCUCAGAGCAUUACCACUGCAACCUGAAGAAUCUGAUCGUGGUGAUCUUAUGGAUGCUAAGAGCCAGCUCUUCCUCAAGUAUUUUACAUUGUUCAUGAAUCUGCUAAAUGACUGCACUGAUGCACAGGAUGUAGAAAAGGAUGUGAACCGUCAGCGUUUGGCUGCAGGAAAGCUAAAUACCCUUCACAAUGCAACAAUACAAGCCAUGUCAAAUUUGUUGUCAGCCAACAUUGACAGUGGUCUUAUGCAUUCCAUAGAUUUGGGUUACAACCGAGAUCCUCAAACCCGUGCUGCAUUCAUGGAGGUAUUGAGAAAAAUUCUUCAGCAAGGAACUGAAUUUGACACAUUAGCUGAGACUGUUCUAGCAGACAGAUUUGAGCAACUUGUACAGUUGGCAACAAUGAUUAGUGAUAAGGGUGAACUACCCAUUGCAAUGGCUCUUGCCAAUGUUGUGACAACUUCACAGAUGGAUGAGCUGGCAAGAGUAUUUGUAACUCUGUUUGAUGCCAAACAUUUAUUAUCGCCACUUCUGUGGAACAUGUUCUAUCGAGAAGUUGAAGUUUCUGAUUGUAUGCAAACACUGUUCCGAGGAAAUUCACUGGGCAGCAAAAUUAUGGCAUUCUGUUUCAAGAUUUAUGGUGCUAGUUAUCUACAAAACUUAUUGGAGCCCUUGAUCAGGCCAUUACUUGAAGAACCUAAUCAGAGCUUUGAAGUGGAUCCUGCUAGAUUGGAUCCAAAUGAAGACAUAGAGGAGAACAGAAGAAACUUGAUUGCACUGACACAGAAGGUGUUUGAUGCCAUUGUCUCAUCUUCAGAUAAAUUUCCCCCACAGUUACGAAGUAUGUGUCACUGUUUGUACCAGGUGCUUAGUAAAAGGUUUCCACUGUUUCCGCAAAAUAAUAUUGGAGCAGUUGGGACGGUCAUCUUUCUCCGUUUUAUCAAUCCAGCAAUAGUGUCACCACAGGAGAUGAGCAUUGUAAUUAAGCAGGUGCCUUCAACUGUUAAACGAGGCCUGAUGCUUAUGUCAAAGAUUCUGCAGAACAUAGCAAACCAUGUUGAAUUCAGCAAAGAGCAACAUAUGUUACCAUUCAAUGAUUUUCUGCGUGCACAUUUUGAGAUUGGUAGAAGAUUCUUUAUCCAGAUAGCUUCAGAUUGUGAAACUGUUGAUCAGGCCUCACAUUCAAUGUCCUUCAUCAGUGAUGCCAACAUUUUAGCAUUGCAUCGCUUACUCUGGAAUCACCAAGAAAAAAUUGGUGAUUAUUUGUCCAGUAGUCGUGAUCACAAAGCUGUAGGACGGCGACCUUUUGAUAAGAUGGCGACAUUACUAGCAUAUUUGGGUCCUCCUGAACACAAACCUGUGGAUUCCCAUCUGCUGUUUUCAUCCUAUGCCAGGUGGAGUUCUAUAGACAUGUCAAGUAACAACUUUGAGGAAAUCAUGGUGAAACACAACAUGCAUGAGAAGGAAGAAUUCAAGGCACUCAAAUCCCUCAAUAUUUUCUAUCAAGCUGGAACCAGCAAGCUUGGGUAUCCUGUCUUCUACUACAUAGCUCGGCGAUACAAGCUUGGAGAAACCAAUGGAGAUCUGUUGAUAUACCACGUGAUUCUAACUCUCAAACCAUUCUGCCAUUCACCUUUUGAAGUUGUUGUGGACUUUACGCAUAUGUGUUCAGUGAAUCGGUUCAGGACAGAGUUCUUACAGAAAUGGUUCCAUGUCCUGCCUGAAUUAGCAUAUGAAAACAUCCAUGCAGCAUACAUUUACAACUGUAACAGUUGGGUUCGAGAAUAUACCAAGUUCCAUGACCAGCUGCUUGCACCACUGAAGGGAAAUCGCAAACUUGUCUUCAUUGAAGCUCCAGCACGCCUGAAUGACUUUAUUGAACCAGACCAGCAGAGGUUACCAGGAGCAACACUUUCUCUUGAUGAAGACCUUAAAGUUUUCAAUAGUGCACAUAAAUUAUCUCCCAAAGACACCAAAGUAUACAUUAAGGUUGGCCCUACUGCAAUCCAGAUAACAUCGUAUGAGAAGACUAAAGUAUUGUCACAUUCAGUUCUUCUGAAUGAUGUUUAUUAUGCAUCAGAAAUUGAGGAAGUUUGCAUGAUAGAUGACAACCAGUUCACAUUAACAAUAGCUAAUGAAUCAGGACUGUUGUCAUUUUUCCAGAUUGACUGUGAUAACACUGUACAAGCCAUCAUACACAUCAGGAAUCGAUGGGAACUCUCACAGCCAGACUCAGUAAGAGUCCACCAGAAGAUUCGACCCAAGGAUGUUCCUGGAACGUUACUGAACAUGGCACUGUUGAAUUUGGGAUCCGCGGAUCCCAACCUUAGAACAGUAGCGUACAACCUGCUUUGUGCACUGACUGCCACAUUUGAUCUGAAAAUAGAGGGCCAGUUACUGGAGACAUCUGGUUUAUGCAUUCCUUCAAACAACACAAUAUUCAUCAAAUCUGUGAGUGAAAAGCUUGCAACAAAUGAACCACAUCUCACGCUUGAAUUUUUAGAAGAGUGCAUCCAAGGGUUCAGAGUUUCCAGCAUAGAGCUCAAACACUUGUGCCUUGAAUAUAUGACACCAUGGUUAGCAAAUCUAGUGAGGUUCUGUAAACCUUCAGAUGAAAGUAAGCGUCAACAGAAAGUGGCACAUAUUUUGGAGAAGCUCAUAAUUUUGACCAUUGAAGAAGUGGAGAUGUAUCCAUCAAUACAGGCCAAGAUCUGGGGAUCCAUUGGUCAAGUACCUGAGCUUAUUGACAUGGUGUUGGACAGCUUCAUACAUCGGUCAAUGACAAGUGGGCUUGGCUCGCCAAUGGUGGAAAUCAUGGCAGAUACUGCUGUGGCUUUGGCUUCGGCAAAUGUACAGCUUGUAGCUAAAAAAGUGAUAGGAAGACUAUGUAGGGUAUUGGAUAAAACUUGUACUUCUCCUACACCAUUGCUAGAACAACACAUGAUGUGGGAUGACAUAGCAAUACUUGCACGCUACCUUCUCAUGUUAUCCUUCAAUAAUUGCCUGGAUGUAGCACGCCAUCUACCAUAUUUGUUCCAUUAUGUGACUGCCCUUGUGUGUUCAGGCUCUUUGAGUAUGAGGGCCUCAACUCUUGGCCUCGUCAUCAACAUCAUUCAUUCACUUUGUACUUGCACCAAGCCUUCUUUUAGUGAGGAAACUCAGAGAGUUUUACGGCUUAGUUUAGAUGAAUUUUCCUUGCCCAAGUUUUACCUUCUUUUUGGAAUCAGCAAGGAAAAAUCGGCUGCAGUCACUGCAUUCAGAUCGAGUUAUCGACAUCCGAGUGAACGCUGGUAUGGCCAGGAACGAAGUUUCUCAGUAACAAACUACUCUGACCGAGAACGGUUGUCACUGACAUCCCUAGAGGUCAUCACUGAUGCACUGCUAGAAAUUAUGGAGGCGUGUAUGCGAGACAUUCCUGAUUGUGAUUGGUUACAAACCUGGACAGCACUGGCAAAAAGUUUUGCAUUUUGCUACAAUCCUGCCCUCCAGCCACGAGCUCUCAUUGUAUUUGGUUGCAUCAGUAAAAGCAUCACAGAUCAGGACAUCAAACAGCUCCUGAGGAUACUUGUAAAGGCAUUGGAGAGCUUCAGUGACAUUGUGCUACUUGAAGCAUUGGUUAUGUGUCUCACGAGGUUGCAGCCUUUACUGCGACCAGAAUCACCUAUACAUUGUGCACUCUUCUGGGUUGCAGUCUCAGUGCUGCAGCUUCAUGAAAUAUCAUAUGCAUCUGGGUUGGCAUUAUUGGAACAAAAUCUGCAUACACUUGAUUCUCAAGGAACCUUUGAAGAAAAGACCCUGGCGGAGGUGAUGAUGUCAACCCGAGAACCCUUGGAGUGGCAUUUCAAACAGCUGGACCAUGCUGUGGGUCUGAGCUUCAAAUCUAAUUUCCAUUUUGCAUUGGUUGGACAUUUACUGAAAGGUUUUCGGCAUCCAACACCAACAACUGUGUCCCGUACGACAAGAAUCUUAACCAUGCUGCUUGGCAUCAUAGCCAAACCACACAAACGAGAUAAAUUUGAAGUGACACCAGAUAGUGUAGCAUAUUUAGCAGCAUUGGUGUCUGUAUCAGAGGAGGUGAGAAGUCGUUGUCAUGUGAAACAUUCCUUAGCAAGAAUGAUUCCAGAGUUGGGUUCUGGUGAGAACUUUGAUGUGGAUAGUCACCUUAGUCUUAUGCCUCAUCCCCCCGCCACUAAUGUUUCACCUGCUAUGAAUGUUAUGUUAGCAACAAGUCCUUCCCAGCGAAGUGAAGGGAGUAAUGGACAAAGCUAUCAGCAGCCUCCACAGCAAGCAAGUGGGGUAGGUACCCCAACCAAUAGGAGACAGAAAUCAUGGGAUCUGUUAGAUCAAACGGCAAUAGCACAGGCAAGACAGCAAAAGCAGCACACUCAGCAACAAGCUCAACAUCAGGUUCAGUCUGCUGCAUGUGGGGGGGAGACUAGUAACAGUAAGGGAUGGCGCAGCCUGGACCUGGGGCCUCAAGCCCCUCCCUCAGCUCCCCCAGGGGGACCUUCAGGUGCAAGGCCCUUGUUCCGAACUCAACGAUCUUCAUCCGUUCCAGCCCCCAAGUCUGGUGUGGAGGCUGGUGCUGCCUCUGUAGGAAAAGAUCGUAGUGCCCGCGUGUCAGUGUCAAACGAAAACAAUGUUCUCCUGGAUCCUGAUGUACUAACUGAUUUCUCAACACAAGCAUUAGUACUUACUGUGUUGGCCACACUUGUAAAAUACUCAACUGAUGAAAAUGAGACACGAAUCCUGUAUCAGUAUCUGGCAGAAGCUUCUGUUGUGUUCCCCAAAGUUUUUCCUGUCAUUCACAGUCUCCUGGAUGCCAAAAUAAUCAGCGUGCUGUCAGUCUGCCAUGACCAUGUGAUCUUGAAUGCCGUGCAGGCCAUCAUACAGAACAUGAUUUCCAGCGAAGAUACAACCCAGCAGCAACUCCACUAUUUGCAGAGUUGUGGCUUUGGAGGUCUCUGGAGGUUUGCAGGUCCUUUUACGAAGUGCAACUGCACAGCAGAGAGUGCAGAGCUGUUUGUCAACUGUUUGGAAGCCAUGGUGGAGACCUGCUUACCUAUUGAGGAAGAGGAAGUGGAACUGGCCCAGUACCCUUCCAUGUUGAGUGUUUCAAGCAAUAUGAACCGUAGCUCAUCAAUGUCCAGCCUGACUUUAGGAUCUCCUACUGAAAAAGAGCCAAUACUUGAUGUAGGUGGCUGUUCAGAUGGCUCAGCAAGUUCUUUAGGAAGAUCUUCAUUUGCUAAACAACGAAGUUUCAAAUGCAUGGGCAAAGCUAGCAGCAAAUCUUCGAGUAGCGGGGCAGAGGGUGCAAAGUGAGAGGAGGAAUGGGAGGCCAAAUUCUGUUCAGCUGUUCUUGGAAACACCACUGAUCAGGAUGCCUUGGACGAGGCAUUGCAGCAUCAAAGAACACUGCAGCAGUGGCGACGUAGCAGCAGUGAUAGCAAGACUCGACGGAGAAGUGUGUCUGUGAUGGGCAUACCAACCCGUCAUUUCCAUUGCCUGCACUACUGCUGUUUGGAACCACACUAAAUGAUUGUGCCUCCCCAUCAUAUCUGUUUCACUCACAGACACACAUGCACACACUGCUCACUGUCCUAGAUGUCAACUGUAUUAGGGACUCAUCCAAAUUAUUCACAUCCUGUUGUGUGUGUUGCUGAAAUUCUGAAGUGUGUAGAAUAGUUCUCAGCAUUUUUACUCUGGUGACUCACCUGCAGAGAUAGAGACAAAGCCUCAGAAGGAUUCACAUUAAAGUGUAGUACACAUCUUCCAUCACAUUUAAUGACAUUAGUUUGGAGACAGAUCCAGUGACUGGUGUUGGUGGUAGCAGAAACAGCAGUAGGAUCAGCAGUGGAACUAGGACCAGUAACAGUAAAAACAAUGACUACAAUAAUAGUAAUCUAGAAACAAGUAGAGAGACAGUGUAGUUUAUGUGAAGUCAAAGGUUUCUGUUGCUUAGCUAAUGACUUAAUUUGCUAAACUUAUCACAAGCUUUGUGUUCCAAUUAGUUCUGAUAUUUGCAUCUGUCUAAUUCAUUCUCUGAUUUCUGAUCCAGAAAUCAUUUGAUCUGUAGACAUGUUUGUAACAUGCCACAGUACACCGUUUUGCUGGUCAAGUGACAAUGAUUUAUUAGUUACCUGCGCCCCAAAUGUUUGGUAUAGUCACCAUACAAAACUUAGGACAUUACAUUUAGUGAUGUGUAUUGGUUUCCCACCUACAAAUGUGAAUGAUGGUUAUUGACAGGAAAUUGGAAAAGGGGCAAGAUAAGAAAUAACCAAAUGGCAAGAUGUUCAUUACCAAUUCUCAUGAAAAUCUGUCAAUUAGUGUGUGUCAUAUUGAUGUGGUCUCACAUACUCUGAAAGGGCAAAAAUGGAAUCAAGGCAGGCACAUUAAUAUUGCUUAUACAUUUCUGAAGAACAAAUUAUGUUCCUCUAAAACACAGAAUUGCAUUUGUAUGGUGUAGGUGUGUAUUUGUAGUAGUGACUUCCUGUCUUGUGCAGAUAUCUCACAUAACGUCCAAUAAUUUUCAGCAAUCCAAUUAAAAUUUUGAAUAUAAAUUAUAGGGGAGGAAAUGUGAACUCAAGUUUGGAGUAAGUGGUUCAGUAAACUUUCAUCCAACUCAUUUAAACAUUCCACUCAGUCUUAUUCAUUAAGAUUUUAAACAUUUGUGAAACAGAUAAGAAAACCAAGAUUAAUGGCUUUGGGGAUCCAUUGCACUGACCACGCGACACCCUCUAUCUGCUAAAGUUGGC